UAAAUUCUUAUACUUGAAUAAAAAAAAUUAAAUUAAAAAUACUUCAUAUGUAAAUAAUUAACUUAAAAUUAACUUGAGUAACUAGAAAUGCGAGGAAAAUUAGAAUUCAACAUAAACAUGCCCCAUAAUAUAUUUUAAAUUAUACCUACUUUACUAGCAAAAAUAAUCGUGCAUUUCCCAAGCAGUGUUCGGAUGUUUGUCAUCUUUGUUAUCUUCCGUUUGCUUGAAAACCAACACAUAACUCAGAACCUUCUCCCACAAAAGAAAAAAACGAAUGAAGCAACUGUCAAAAAUUGGAAAGAUUGGAAAUACGAAUAAGAAGAGCAAAGCGUGUCGCCGAGUACGGGAGACAAAAUCCCUUCUCUCUUCCCCGACCGUCCUUCGCCACCGAACAAAAUGUUUCCCUUCCAGAUGUCUCCUCGUGUAAAUCGGGUCAUACAUAAUAAGAUGAGAAACUGUUUCAUUUUGAGUGAGAACGGCCCCAUGAGCUUGUUUCAAACUUGGUAGCAUUCACACAUCAUGGGAUGAUGAACAGCUAAUAGGCAAAAUGGCGAGCUGACAGAAAAAAAACUCCGAAAAUAACUGACGAAAAGAGUUCCUUAGUGGAAAAAUUCCACGAUUGCACAUUUUUCAGCGCUCUAACAAGAUGGUAUCUACAUAUAUAAGGUGAUAUCCAAGGCGUGUCUAUACAAGACUUGUCAAUAUCGCGAAAAAUGAAGUAGCUGUUUUUAAUGGCGCCACCGUAGAAACUCAAUUCGCCUUGAUUAUUUUGCUACAAGUCGAGAAGCAGCUGGUUUGUUGUUGUACAGCUUUACAAAUAAUUAAAUUCGAAUUGUUUGGAAAAUUUUAGCUUUGUUUAUAUCGGAUUUUCAACAAAUUAAAUAUCGUAAUAACGAUGUCGAGCCAUAUAAGAGGCACUUGUGAGCUUUUUUGUCCAGAAGGGGAAGCAAAACUUCGAAUUAAAGAGAGACUUUUACAUUUUUAUGAACUAAAAAACGGCGAAAAGAAUGUGCCAGGCAAGUUGGUGAAAGCCUUUGCGCGUUCAGCUGCUGGCGUAAAAGCGCCCAGAGCAAAGGAUUUGCGCACGGAACUCUGCUUACAAAAAACUGUCGAGUACUUAUUAAAGGAUAUAAUCUUAGAUAAACGAAAGCCGUAUAAUUUUAUAUAUGAUUUCGUAUUCGAUCGGUUACGUUCAGUCCGUCAGGAGGUGGUGAUGCAGAAUUACAAUGCACAACAGACUUUGAAGUUGCUUGAGCCAAUGGUGAUGUUUUUAGCUUACAGCCGAUAUAGGCUUUGUGAGGAGCAUAUAGAUAAUUUCGAUCCAAAAAUUUGCGAUCAACACCUGCAAGAAUGCCUGAAACGCGCUUUAUGUUGCUAUGAUGAUUCUAAUAAUGUAAGCAGUCUCAAUUUAAACGAGUUAAAUAGACGCAAUUUCGUCGAAGCGAUGUAUCUUCUAUUCAAUUUAGAGACGACCGAGGCGCUAAAUCGCGCAAUGAGUCUGCCUGAUGAAGUAAGAAAAAGCGAACGGUUUGAUUUGGCUUAUCAAAUAGCUAUAAGUUAUUAUCAGGGAAAUUUCUACAGAGUACUUGCGGGGAUCCAGAAACUCCCACAUAUUUUAAGUGCAAUAACUGCUUUGAAGUUGCAAAUAUUAAGACGCAAAGUUUAUUUGGUAUUUGCUCACGCUUAUAAUAGUAAGCAAUUGGUUGUUCCUGCCAGAUUUUUAAGCAAACUGGUAUUAUAUGAACGCGCAGAUGAUCUGUUAGCUGACUGCGAAUACUAUAAUAUCAAAGUAAACGAAGACAAGUCGAGUUUUCAGUUCGUGAAAUCAGAUUUUAAAUUGAAUGCUGCUAUAUUAAGAGAAAAGCGUGAACGAUUUGUCGAGGAAAAAAUUGAGAAAAUCUAUCUGCCGGAGACUUUGCUUUUAAAACGUAUUUAAUAUGUAGAUAAUUAUUAUAGAAUAAAUCUUAAAAACGUUUAUACUAUGAAAUGCAAUAUUAUGGAAAUUGAUAUAAAAUAAAAUUUAAAGUUUUUAUCAAGACU